UUCAAACGUCAAUAGCGGAUGGUGAAGUUGUCGACAGGUCUUACAAAAUCUUUAGAAAGGAUAGGGAUCCUAUGAUCAGUGGUUUUGAACGUGGAGGUGGAGUCUUCAUUGCAGUAAAGCGUUCCAUUCAUUCUGAGCUAGUUAUCAUAAACGACAACACCCUGGAACAAGUAUUUAUCAAAAUUAAAGAUUCGUUGUCAUAUAUCCGUGACAAACUACCGGAUGCGAGUCUACUGAUCAUAGGUGACUAUAAUCUUCCCAGCAGUAUAUCAAGGACAGAAUGCACCAAAAUAAUCUACGAAAAUCUAUCCAUGCUUGGAUGCCAGCAAUUCAAUAAUGUCCUAAAUAUUGACCACAAAACCCUGGACUUGUGCUUCAGCAAUGCUGGUAUCGUGCUAUGUAAAACACCAGCUAUCAUCGAGGAAGACAAACUUCACCCAGCAAUAGAUAUUACCCUUGAGUUUAACACGCAUCUUAGACCAGAAGUAUCAUCAAGUUAUGUAUUCAAGAAAGCAGAUUAUGACAGCUUAAAUAAUUUUUUCAUCAGAACUAAUUGGAUCGAUCUCUACAAAAUUGAUUAUAUAGAUGAUAAAUUGAAUUGGUUUUACCAAAAGGUGUACGAAGGCGUUGAUAAAUUCGUCCCGCUACACGCUAAAAAACCCAGUAACUAUCCGUGUUGGUUUACCUUGGAACUUAUACGUAAAAUAAAAUUAAAAAACAAGGCACACGCAAUCUACAAACAAAGAAGCACAAGACUCAACUAUAAUAGGUUCACCAGUUUAAGACACGAGUGUAAAGCAUUAAGUGCUAGAUGUUACCGGAAUUAUGUGAUCCAGGUGGAAGACUCCAUCAAGACAGACACCCAAGCCUUCUGGAAAUUCAUCAAGAACAAGAAAAAAUAUAAUACAGAGAUACCGGCGAAAGUACAUUGGAACAAUUCAACAGCGAACACUGGAGAAGAUAUUAGUAACUUAUUUGCAUCUUUCUUUGAGGGUACCUAUACAUCCUCUGAUGCUGAAUACACACAAGAUUCAGAGGCCGUACAUGUAGCUCCAACUAAUCAUGACGGCAAUUUCGGAACAAACUGCAACUUAUCCGACAUGGAUGCUACCUUUGACGUCGUCUUCAAACAGCUAACAUUACUUGAUACAAAUAAAGGCGCAGGCCCCGAUGGACUACCAAAUAUUUUCCUUCGAGGUUGUGCGAUGCGAAGAUUUUCGCUAACAAUAAAAUCAAAAAGCGACUCACCUCCAGUGUUGGUAUCUGAGCUCCCUCAGACCGAAUGUCGCAAGUUGGCGUCCGAACCGAUGAUGUCACCGGCACCAUUCCGAGACGCUUCAGCCAAGGCCCUCCUUAGCAAUGCGGGAAGCGGCUCCACCUCAUCAUCGUGA